AAAACCCGGAAUAGCUGCGUGAGCCCACGGGAAAGUCCUCCGAGGGAGCGACGCCGGGCAGCUGGGCAUGCUCAGUAGCUGGGGGAGGCUUGGGUGGAGAGUAGAAAGCUUUGGGAUCUGCUCCCCCCCACCUCCAACGGCCUCCCGAACCCCUUGCCCCCAGCCCGUAGUAGUUGCCCAGCGUGCGCCCGUGGACACCGGGAACAUGGCGCUCCCAGCCCUGUAGCAGCCCCGUAGCAGCCCCGGCGGAGAAGGGGAUGAGGUACCGCCGCUUCGCUGACAGCCAGCCGCCAGAAAUACACUGUGGCAAAAUGCUUCCACCUCUUGCCAAAAUGGACACGGGGGAAAAAUGAAGAACACUGAAGAGCUCCACCGAAGAGUUGCACAACACCAAUAAGAGCCACACUCCUCUGGAGUCUGAUUCAUCCACAGCCAUCGUAAAAAGGUCUUUGCAUCAUGUUUGGAAAGAAAAAGAAAAAGAUUGAAAUCUCUGGUCCAUCCAACUUUGAACACAGGGUUCACACAGGGUUUGAUCCACAGGAACAGAAAUUCACCGGCCUGCCUCAGCAGUGGCAUAGUCUGUUGGCAGAUACGGCCAACAGGCCGAAGCCCAUGGUGGACCCGUCAUGCAUCACACCCAUCCAGCUGGCUCCCAUGAAGACAAUCGUUCGAGGAAACAAACCCUGCCAGGAAUCCUCCAUCAACGGCCUCCUGGAGGAUUUCGACAACAUCUCGGUGACCCGCUCCAACUCCCUAAGGAAAGAGAGCCCGCCCACCCCGGACCAGGGCGCCGCGGGCCAUGGCCCAGGCCACCGGGAAGAGAACGGCUUCAUCACCUUCUCACAGUAUUCCAGCGAAUCCGACACCACCGCCGACUACUCCACCGACAGGUACCGCGACAAGAGUCUCUAUGGAGACGAUUUGGAUCCGUUUUAUAAAGGCAGCCAUGCGGCCAAGCAGAAUGGGCACGUGAUGAAAAUGAAACACGGGGAAGCCUACUAUUCUGACAUGAAGCCCCUGAAAUCCGACCUGGCCCGAUUCCCCAUCGAUUAUCACACACACUUGGACUCACUGAGCAAACCCAGUGACUACAGUGACCUCAAGUGGGAGUACCAGAGAGCCUCGAGCAGCUCGCCUCUGGAUUACCCGUUCCAAUUCACGCCUUCCAGAACUGCAGGGACCGGCGGCUGCUCCAAGGAGAGCCUGGCCUACAGCGAGAGCGAAUGGGGGCCCAGCCUGGAUGACUACGAUCGGAGGCCAAAGUCAUCGUACCUGAAUCAGACCAGCCCGCAGCCCGCCAUGCGGCAGAGGUCCAGGUCGGGCUCGGGGCUCCAGGAACCGAUGAUGCCCUUCGGAGCAAGUGCAUUUAAAACCCACCCCCAGGGACACACGUACAACUCCUACACCUACCCUCGCUUGUCCGAGCCCACAAUGUGCAUUGCCAAGGUGGAUUACGAUCGAGCACAGAUGGUUCUCAGCCCUCCACUGUCAGGGUCCGACACCUACCCCAGGGGCCCCGCCAAACUACCUCAAAGUCAAAGCAAAGCGGGCUAUUCCUCAAGCAGCCACCAGUACCCAUCUGGGUACCACAAAGCCACCCUGUACCACCACCCCUCCCUACAGACCAGCUCACAGUACAUCUCCACCGCUUCUUACCUGAGCUCUCUCAGCAUCUCAUCCAGCACCUACCCCCCACCCAGCUGGGGCUCCUCCUCAGACCAGCAGCCCUCUAGGGUGUCCCACGAACAGUUUCGGGCUGCCCUGCAGCUGGUGGUCAGCCCAGGAGACCCCAGGGAGUACUUGGACAACUUUAUCAAAAUCGGGGAAGGGUCGACCGGCAUCGUGUGCAUCGCCACCGAGAAACACACAGGGAAACAAGUUGCAGUGAAGAAAAUGGACCUUCGAAAGCAGCAGAGGCGAGAGCUGCUUUUUAAUGAGGUUGUGAUAAUGCGGGAUUACCACCAUGACAAUGUGGUUGACAUGUACAACAGCUAUCUUGUCAGUGACGAGCUCUGGGUGGUCAUGGAGUUUCUAGAAGGUGGUGCCUUGACAGACAUUGUCACUCAUACCAGAAUGAAUGAAGAACAGAUAGCUACUGUGUGUCUGUCGGUUCUGAGAGCUCUCUCCUACCUUCACAACCAAGGAGUGAUUCACAGGGACAUAAAGAGUGACUCCAUCCUCCUGACAAGCGAUGGACGGAUAAAGUUAUCUGACUUUGGUUUCUGUGCUCAAGUUUCCAAAGAGGUACCGAAGAGGAAAUCAUUGGUUGGCACUCCCUACUGGAUGGCACCUGAAGUAAUUUCUAGACUACCGUACGGGACGGAGGUGGACAUCUGGUCUCUGGGGAUCAUGGUGAUAGAAAUGAUUGAUGGCGAGCCCCCCUACUUCAACGAGCCUCCCCUGCAGGCAAUGCGGAGGAUCCGGGACAGUUUACCUCCUCGAGUGAAGGACCUACACAAGGUUUCUUCCGUGCUCCGGGGAUUCCUGGACCUGAUGCUGGUGAGGGAGCCCUCUCAGAGAGCCACAGCCCAGGAACUCCUUGGACAUCCGUUCUUGAAACUGGCAGGUCCACCUUCUUGCAUAGUUCCCCUCAUGAGACAGUACAGGCAUCACUGAGCAGAGGAUCCACACAGGCGACAAAGCCAAAGGAGGACAUGAGAAUAAUUCAGGAGAACAUGAGGCAACCACAGAACAUGCAAAGGCCUGUGCAUUCUAAGCAGCUGAUCGGUGGGACAGUGUGAUGACCAGCAGGGUUUAACAGACCAGGGCAUCUUCUUGUGUCUUAAUCGGCAUCUCUCCACUGACAGCUGGCAUGCUCAUUGGGAACACGGCUUUCAUAAGUCAUCAUUAUAUUUUUCAGCCUUUCAUCCAGCAAAUCAGAAGGAUUCAGUACAAACUCUGUUAUGACACAUCCUAGCCACAUGCAGGGUAACACAUAGGAUUUUCUAUAUUGAAAGAAUACUUUUCUGGCAAAAAAAAAGGAAGGAAAACAAAAAGCACUUUUUUCUUAAUGGUAGCAGUGUAAUGUAUUUUGCAAUGAAUUUGUAAUUUUUCUGUACGAUAGUUUUGAUAAUUUAUAGUACUUUGAUGUCGCGUAGCCAUUGUAUCAGUUGAAGUAAUACUUGUUUACUAGCAAGAGUUUGAACAAAGCCUUUCCUACUUUUUUAUCCCUUUCAGAGAACCAACGAUUCUUAGGAACUUUGAAUACUGAAUGACUCUCAAUCACCGUCAGCUUUAGUAGAAUAUCUUUCUUAUCUUAACAAGUGUCUUAUGUGAUGGAAGAAGCACUAAGAGUGAUGGUGAUGGUAGUGCGCAUUUCAUUUAUCCAACCAAAAAUAAUAAGAUUUGAGCCACAGGAGACCACCAAACUACUCUUUGGGAUAAAGCUAAAUGUUUGGAAAAAAUCACAUUUCCCUUUAAGGCUGUUAGUCACAAACCAGUGUUUGCCCAGCGGGUAUUUCCCCCGGUGCCCUGUCUCAAAUAAGUAUGACGUCCCCUUGUGGCCAAAUUUCCCUCCCAAGGAACAAUUUCAGUGCUAGGAUCAUUGACUGGGACCCCCAUGUUGAAGGUUUCAGUAAGGCCGUGAGAUUUCCAAUCUCACAAAGGGAAAGGAGCUAGAACAGGGCAGGAUGUUUGGUUUCGUUUGUCACUGUUUGAAAACUCUGUAUGCUAGCACACCAAACUCUUGUCUGCAUUUACCUUCGUACCGCAGUGUUGAUCGCUGUUGUUCAUGUAUCGUGCUGGAAGCUGAACUGACUCUAGAGGGUGAAUUAGGAAGGGUGGGACCUGACUCCAGUGGUGACCAUGUUAUAAUGUGUUUCUGACAUAGGAGAGUUGUGCUGCUGACUAGGUCUCCUCAAAUGUUGAUAGCAAUGAAUGACUACUACAUUUUGUGUUGCUUGUUGGAUGAAUUUGCAUGUUAACUGUAGGCCAAUGUAGAUUUGCCUUUAAAACUCUGGAAGAGCUACAUAGUCAUCAUUAGUUUCCAUUAAUUAUGCAUCAGACAAAAGCCAUUUGUUACCAAACCGGAAAACCAGAGGCUUUUCUUAAUGACUUCACAUACUGUAACAAAUACGAAUUUAAAUUUCUGAAAAUGCUCUGGUUGCUCUAAGCAUAAUUAAGAUUUUUUUGUAAUUAAUAGGUUGCUAAUUAUUUAUUAUAGUUAAAAGGGAAAAAAGGCAUAAAAUGACUUUCUACUGAUUAGAUUUUCAGUCUUCCCCAAAACUGGAAAUGCCUAACCAUAAAUAGAAUCUGUAAUUUUAUUUCAUAAAACUCAAAAGUCAAUGUUUUAUGUAAAAUAUUAAGCUAUUAAUAUAAAUAUGUAAGAAUAAAAACAAUCUAAAUUCAGAAAAUGGCAGUCCUAAAAAUUCAUGGAACAGAUUGUAUUAAUUUAGGCAGGACUAUGUAGUAGAAAGAAAAGACAAAGAAAAUCUCUUUUUUAACCAGGACAAAUAUUAAAACCAUUGCAGAAAAUAGUGGAUUUUGGAUUCCAAACAUUUUGACAGUGUACUGGAAAUUUUUCUGUAAUUUUCUUAUCACUGGGUAUUUUUUAAACUACUCGUUGGGUUUACCGAAAGCUACUGUAGCUUAAGGUUUUGUGAGCACUAACUAUUGGCAGAAACUGCACUUGCAAAUAAAAAUAAAUGUUUGCCUUUU